AAAUUUGGGCUCCCAGUCACCUCCCCCCCGCCCGCAACAAAAACCUCGCACCCAACGGGUCUUGCGGGAUUUUGGGGGGGCGGGAAGAGGCGGACAGACGCAACCCGAUGGGUUAUUUUAUAUCCCCCCCCCCCCCCCCCCUCCCUGGUUUGCAGGGAUGCGAUGCUCCAGGCAGCGGGUUUUGUGGGGGUUUUUUGGUUUGGUGUUUUUUGUUUUUUGUUUUUUUUGGAUCUUGGCGCGGCGUUCGCUCCCACGAAAAUAAGCUUGCGUGGAAAAUAGGCUGUUUUUACGCGCUUAGGGAGCAGGUACGAGCAGUUCGGUAGGAAGCACCGAAGAGAAGUUCACUUGCGUCGGGGUUUAAAAACCUGCUAGCUUUUGGCAGCCCCCCCACAACCCCGAAUAAGAUUGAAGUGGAUCUAGGGACGAAUGGAUGACUGAAUAUUCAUAUGAAGAGGAAAGCCAUAAAAGAUAUCAGCGCCUUUGAGAACAGAAUGUUAAUGCUGGAUGGGAUGCCGGCAGUCAGAGUCAAAACAGAGCUGCUGGAAUCCGAGCAAGGGUCUCCAAACGUCCACAACUACCCAGAUAUGGAAGCUGUACCCUUGUUACUAAAUAACAUGAAGGCAGACCCCACGGAGGAUUCAUUAUCUACAGACCAUUUCCAAACACAGACUGAACCAGUGGACUUGUCGAUAAACAAAGCCAGGUCAUCCCCUACAGCAGCUUCAUCUUCACCGGUUUCCAUGACAGCAUCAGCCUCCUCACCUUCUUCUACUUCUACUUCUUCUUCUUCUAGUCGGCCGGCUUCAUCACCCACAGUAAUAACAUCGGUAUCCUCAGCAGCAUCUGUACCAUCAGUAUUAACUCCAGGUCCUCUUGUGGCCUCUGCAUCUGGUGUUGGAGGCCAGCAGUUUUUGCACAUUAUCCAUCCUGUACCACCUUCAAGCCCCAUGAACUUGCAGUCCAACAAAAUGAGUCAUGUGCACCGAAUCCCCGUGGUGGUACAGUCGGUACCCGUUGUCUAUACAGCUGUGAGAUCACCUGGGAAUAUGAACAACACUAUAGUAGUACCACUGUUGGAGGAUGGGAGAAGCCACGUCAAAGCACAAAUGGACCCCCGAGGCCUAUCUCCCAGACAAAUUAAAAGUGACAGUGAUGAUGACGACCUGCCAAAUGUGACCUUAGAUAGCGUUAAUGAAACUGGAUCUACAGCGCUCUCCAUAGCCAGAGCAGUACAAGAAGAGAGCAUGUGGGGCUGUGCCAGGUCAGCUGUUAACCCUUUUCGUUUUUUCAACUCCAGUUCAAUUUCACCGUUCAGUAUUGAGAGCACAAGGCGUCAGAGAAGGUCUGAGUCUCCAGACUCCAGGAAGCGGCGCAUCCACCGGUGUGACUUCGAGGGAUGCAACAAAGUAUACACAAAAAGUUCCCACUUGAAGGCUCACCGGAGAACGCACACAGGAGAAAAACCCUACAAAUGUACCUGGGAAGGCUGCACCUGGAAGUUUGCUCGCUCCGACGAACUGACGAGGCAUUACCGCAAGCACACGGGAGUGAAGCCAUUCAAGUGUGCAGACUGUGACCGCAGCUUUUCCCGCUCAGAUCACUUGGCGCUCCACCGCCGCAGGCACAUGCUGGUUUGAGAAACGCUACCUGUUCCAGCCGAGUUUAAGAGCUGGGUCUCUUAACUACACAGAGUGAAUUCAGCAGGGCUGAAUCCCCCUCUGCAGUGUUAACAGGCAGGGCUUUCCCUGGUGUCCGUAACAAAACAUAGUAACAGAAAUCUAAAAAGCAGGAAAAGAAGUGCCACUCUUCUCCUCGCCACCUGAAGUUAACCCCGUCUGCCCCUCAGCAUGGCUACCCCCUGAAAGUGUCAUCACAAUCACCUGGGAAAUAGCAGCCGAAAUGCUACAGGAAUGGGCAUUAUUUUACAUGCUGCAUCCUUUGACAAAAAUGUUUAUAGCUUGUAUGUUUUCCCAGCUGUCGGACAUUUUUGUUCUUGAGAAAUCACUGCUGAUUGGAGUAUUAGAUACCAGAAAUGGAUGAUAAUGAUGAUGAUGAUGAGAGCAAGACCGCUAGACCUUUAUUAUCCCAUCUUUUCCCCUUGUUUUCAGUACCACCUGGCCGGUGUCAGCCUAGUGCCUGAGCUGUGCUACAGACAAGCUGCGUGAGUAGGCAAAAGGAUUCUGCUGGAGAGGUCCUGCUGUCGGAGCUGAAGGGUCGCUUGAGCAGACUUUUGCAAUAAUGAUGGUGGCAUUGUAACAGUGUACCACAAUCUGUCAUUAUGCCCUAGCAACCAUUUAACCUUUUUCUUUCACCUUUUUUUUUUUUCCCCUCCUUUUCUUUUGUUGUUGUUGAAGUCUGUAAAAUAAACAAGGGGCAGCAGCAUGUCUGCUGAAAGUACAAUAUUAUGUAUCUGUAUUUUACCAUGGACUUAUUUAGAACCAUUUUCUGAUUUGUAUAGAAAGAGUCCAUCUAAAAACAACUAUCCUAUUCUCAACAUGCAGUUUUCCUUCAUGCAGGUAUCCUCUUUCCCACAACUAUUAUUUGAACACAAGGAAAUAGUCAUACCUUACACUUGCUGGUACCAAGGUUAGUGAUGUAGCCAUUAAUGGAAUCUACCAACAAAACAAAACAGAGAAGAAACAGCUGCAUCUCAUGCAGAGAAAAAGCAAUAAUGAGUAAAAUGGCUCUCAAGACAAUAAUUUACUCCAACAGAAGGGGGGGAUAUGCAGAAGUAGCACGUAAGAUCAUUUAAGUUAAUCUGUCUGAUGGCCUCACUGACCUGCUAGGUACCAUAAUUAAGUACUUCAAUUUCCUUCCACAUAAUACUGUGUAUGGAAAGCAAGAAAGAUAAAGGAAAGAGCUGAUGGUUGAGGAGUCAGUGGAUGAACCAUAAGUAGGAAGGAGAAAUGUUUCUGCAGUGGUGCUCUGCAAGACAUGACAUUUCUCCCUGGGAGUUAGGGAAUAACAAGAUUUUGCCAGCUGUCUAAUAUGAUAUAAAUGGCCCUUUAUAUGGGUACCAGUGGCUGCCUCUGCUGGGAUUUUCAAUCCAAGCCUUUUCAGAUUAAAUAAAAGAAAAUUCUUGAUCAUUCCCAUACAGCCCUUUAAUUGUGAACCUGUUUGUAUUAAAUAAAUUACGUAGGAAAGAGAGAAACUCUUAGUCAUCAGUUAUUCAUGCAAACAGGAUAGUGUUUUUCUCUUUUCUUUCCUCACAAGGAUCUGCCUAUUCAGCUAAAUUUGACAAAGGAGAAGGCUGGGCCAGAUUUUUUAAGUGUUGAGAUUUUUAUAGCUUAGAGAUGAAAGAUAUAUACAUAAAGGUCUUUUGCAAUGCAUUUAAUUAUGAAUCUCUGGUUCCAAGAAUUGCACAGAUUAAGCUUGUGAUGCCACUUGUUCAUUUUUAAAUGUUUGCCCUGUCUGAAUUAAUUUCUGAUUCCUGAAGUAACCAUAGUGAUGUUGGGGGAUUCUGAAAUCAAGAUAAUAUUUUGAAAAAAACAGCACAGAGUACCCAUACAGGUACUGAAAGCUAAUUGAGGAUUAAUAUUUUGUGAUAUGCUUUGAAUACGUUCUUAAUAUUCCCUAGUACUUGAUAGUUUAUCAGCUCUCUGAAGGAAGAACCUCAGUACUGUUAAAGCUCAGGCUCCCCUCUGCUGAGUGGUCAGCAGAGAAACCCAAGACAGAUUAUGUACAGCCAUUGUGGGGAAAAUGCCUCUAUGAAUUCCCAGUGACUGCACUGGUAAUGAACUUCCACCAAAUUCAGCAACAUUUUAGUAUGCAGCUGCAAAUCAGGAAGAAAGCAGAGGCACUAAGUGUCCAUGCGAUGCAUGAAAAGGCUGCGACAGAUCAGGGCUUCUGGAUGAGCCAUGAGGCACUGCAGGGCAGCAGACCUGAGUCUUUACCAGCAGCAUUACUGCUGUUGGUUUAAAAGACUAGUUGUCAGUGUUGUGCAUGAGGUGGCUCAUGGAUUAUGUCUGAGGUCUGUCUUUUAUGUACUUCAACAUUGUCCUCUUAAAUGGAUCUGUCAUUCUCAGCAUUUAGGGAAUAAGUCAGGUCAGGUAUAAGUCAUUUGAUAAAAUUAUUUUGCUGCCCAAGAACAUUUCACCAACUCAUUAACUGAACAGCAGUAAUUCAGUUGAAGAGCCAAUGACAUACAGAAUUCCUUUCAGAGCUGUGAUUUUUUUUCUCCCAUAGAAAAUUAAGUUUGUUUGACCAGAAAGUCUGAAGACUAUUCUGUUAGCGUACAAUAGGAGCAAUGAGAGAGGUCAUCUCCAAUGUUAUUCACUAAAGCACAGUAUAACUGGGAGAGACUCGUGCUUCCUUUUAGGCUUCCCUGUAGUCCACGAAGAGAGAGAACCUAAAAGAGAAACUGAGAGAACUUAAGUUUCAGCAUUCAGCUCUGAAAUGCCCCAAGGAGAAGCGUAUGUGUCACAGACCGUGAGGAGGCUCAUCUCCCAAGGCCAGGCUUGGUCUGUGUGAAUUCCUUGUCAUUCAACUAGUUCCCCAUUACUUUAUGCAUCGCAACAUAAAUGCUUAAAGCAGCACUCACACCAAGGGACACAGGCACAGUGUGUGUCAAUGGUAAUUGAGUGAAGCCAAAAAGGUAAAGUUGUGUAAGCUUAAUUUUCUUAUUUCACAGGCAGGAAGUAUAUUCCAUCACAUGUUCAAGGACUUUUGUGUGGCUGUUACCUCUAGACAACUCACACAACCAGCAGUAGCCCACCACUGGGUUUCAAGUACCCAGUACGGUUCUUGGCAAAGAUUCUAAUUUGUACCAGCAGCCUCAGGCUUUAACCCCAAAUACUCUCUGAGCUUGUUUUCUGGUUUGUUUGCCCCUUCAGAAAUAUUUUAAGAGAAGUUAAGUCUGUAGGAGAGGGGUGUUAGGAUGUGGAGUUGAUGUCCCCCAGAUUCUCAGGGUGUCCCUCCCUCAGUGGCUGCAGUUCAGACCUGCCAAACUUCUGUGCUUGUGCAAAGAGCAAGGGUUAUUACUCCAGGGUAGUUCCCUCAAAAAUCCUGGUAUCCCACCACAGGUCCAUGACAUUUCAUAACCGUGGCGAAGGCUUACAUCUUAUGUAGUGUGCAGCAGAUCUCAUCUUGAAACAACACAGUAGAUCCAUCUUAAUAGAGCAGCUGGGAGAGACAAAAAUACAGUGUCCCUUUCUUUCAGAAAAACAGAGAUUUAUGCUUUUAAGUGUGCAUAAAGGAUGGGUAAUAUCCACCAUGCCCACUGCAGCUCACAAGGGAAACUAUGCCACAAAGGGUCAGACUUCACAUUUUUAGAUGGAUUCAAUGGAUUUGUCAGGAAAUCUCAGUAGCCAGCAUUAUAGGAAAACAUAACAAGCAAAAAGCUUUGAUACAAAACUUUUUAAAAUUUAAAUUGUCAUUAUUUUUUGAGCACCUGUUUUAUUCAGCACUGUAAAACUGACUCAUUGCAACAGCAGUUUAUACUAGGGGAGGAAGAUGCAGUAUUCCUUAUUCUCUAUCAUGCUUACAGAAUUAAUUAAAUAGAUUUAGACUGACUUGUAUAUAUGAUUAUUUGCUGGAGUAACGUAUAACAAAAUUAACAGUGUUGAAAAUUACAUCAGUGAUGUUGAUGUGUGGGGUAGACUCACAGUGCAGAGCAUGGACAAAUAGCUGGACAACCUUUCUCCCCUGUAAUAAUGGGAAUAACAGCGAUCAUAAGUCUCGUUUUCCAUUAGCUGCAUUGAAAAUGUAUUCUAGUUGCCAUUUACAAAAUUAUCUUCUGAUAAUAAAUGCUGUUUAAUGGAAAAAAAUCUUUUUCUCCUUUAUUGAAGGUAGGUACCUCAACAUUGGAGUAGGUUUCACUAUUAAUAUCCUGCUUAUUUUCUAGUUUAAACUUUGGUUUGGAAAGGUCAAUUUGUGAAACUGCAUCUUCCACAGCAGACAAGUCUUAAGAUUUUUCAGUAUGUCCAUCCUACUCCUGCAUGCUUGACCGUACAUCCAUGCGUAUAAACCUCAGCACUUCCACAUGCCUCCACCCAUGUGCAUGUAAUUAAAAGUUUACUUAAAAAAAAAAUCAGAAUAGGAAGAAUUGGAAAUAAAUGCUGUAAAAGAAAACAUUACCUUCUUAAGAAGAAACCAGCUCCUGUUGUUGCAUUAUGGCUGUGCCUGUGAUUUAUAACUGGAAAGGUGCACAAAGAAAUGUAAAGAUUGUUAUAUUUUCAUAGUUCUGCUAUAGAGUAACAGUUGCUGUGUAAUGUGUGCUUAUGAAGUCCUGCCCAUAGGUACCUUGAAAAGGCUUAAAUUCUCUAUUUCCACAGUACAUCAGGUUUUAGUACAAAAAAGUAAUUAUAAGGAUACUGCAUCUUUAGAGAUCAAAAUACCUUCAAAGUAUUUUAAUAUACUUGUAACAGUUUAAAUAUUCUGUAAUAUAUGUGAUAGUGGAGAAGUAUUUUCAAGCUCACAGUUUUACAUGGGGUGUAAAUAGGCUAAAUGAAGUACAUUUUUAAAAAUCCUUUAGUUUUCAUCUGGAAAACUGGCAAGAUAAUGCCUUGCAAAGCUGGAACACAAAACGUAAGAAGUGAAUUGUUCUGUUUUGUCAGAGCAUGUUUUCUCUGCAAAACGGAGUGGCCACUUCUUUGCUGUUUCACAGAUGGCGUGUGGUGUAGCGAAGUCAUACAGAGUCCUUCAAUGUCGAAUAAUUCAACACUCAGAAUGUCUUUGACUGAAUAAAGGAAAAAAAAAAACAUCCAAUCAGAAUGAAAAACAUAUGAAAGGUUUGGGGUUUUUUGUGUUGUGGGUUGUUUGUAUUUUUUUUUCAUUCUGGCGUUUUACAGUGAAGUGCAGAUACAGUAACGGCAGACUCUCGUUUGGUUUUAUUUCUUGUAUUUCCCUGACUACAAUGCAUCUUGAAUAAAGGUUGCAGAGCUGAAACAGGCAGCUGCUCUUUGUUGAUUCCAGGGGAGUUUAGUCAUCUAGGUGCAGUAGCAUGUCAACAAAAUCAAUUGUAGCAGGACAUUUGACAUUUAAAAUGCACAUACACUUCAGCAAGAUAGUCUAAAACCUAUUUUAAAAGAUGAAACAGAAACUGAAAGUGCCUGUAAUUAGAACUGAUGGGAUGUUCCUAUACUUUUACACAGCAAUAACUUAUGGGAUUCUUUUAACAAUAAAGUAAAAAUGAAAUUUUACGCUGAGAACAAUGAUGCAGCACAGAAAUAAACACAAAGUGCCACUUGUAUUUUCACAUGUUGAGAUACUGUGUUAGAAGUUUAGGUGUUUUCUCAGACAACAUGUCAUACUUGUAAGAAGAAAUUGAAUCUUAGUUUACGAAUUACUCAUAUCCAUAUCAAUUCUCUGUAGAUGUGAAUGGAGGUAAUUGUCAAGCAGUGUUUUAGGAGUUUUCUUCUUAAUUUAUGUCUGAUGUGCCCAUGUAUCCAGGGUAUUCUCUAGUGAAAUAAUCCAAAAACCAGCAAUAAGUCCAAUGGAGCUUUUUUAGAGUAUAUGGUAGUGUGGGGAUUGUCUUGAAAAAUCCUCUGCAUCGAACUUUGGAAACACAAGAUUUUACUCGUCUCCUUUCUGUUUAUCAUGUAAUGCUCAUAGUAUUUAAUAUCAUCUUCAAACUGGUUGACUUGAGAAGCAGACAAAAUAUAUCAUUUGCUUUUCUUUCUCUUGGGGACAAAUGACUGAAAAAUUGGGGACUGUCAGUUUAGCGACUACUUGAAUAGCAAACAAGAAAUCAGUGUUUCUAAAAUGGAAUAAGGAGAUUUUUAUAUGGAGUGGCCUAAACAUUUGCAUCAAUAGACAAAUUGAUCUUACAAGAAAAUAGCCAGCUGUGACUCUUCCAGUCUUUUUUCUCAGUUGUUAUUAUUAUUUUAAUCUGGUAGAUUUCUGUAAAAAAAAUAAUAUUAACUGCUGCUAAUGGAUUCUUAAAAUAGCAGUGUUAAUGCCAUCCCUCAUGCUUCAUCUUUUCCUAAAAAUUAAUUUGUUGGACAUCAAAAUGUAACUGGUUGUCCUCCUACCUUUGCCAAGGAAGAUCAUUUUCCAUCUUCUAAAUUUGUGCCUGCCAUUGAUCCAGGCAGAAAUUUGUAUGUGAAUAAAUUGCAGAACAUGCCUAGACUUUUGCAGCCAUCGGUGGGUUCCUGCUGGAGCAGGAGGAUGGCUGUUGUGGUUUUAUUCACUGAGGCAGGAUUGGGUGUGUACAGAGAUGCUCGUAUACAGAAGAAAGUGUAGGUACAAAGAAAAAAAGCACAUGGACCCACAUGUAAAAACUAUAAAAACUAGACGUUUAUGCACAUUGGUCAAUCAUGUGACAAGACCUAGUCUAGUUUAGUAACAACUUAUUUUUAAAUGUUAGCCAACGGUGGAAAAAAAUCCCAUCAGAACAUGUAUAUACAUACUCUGUCAUCCUGAAUGUAAUCUCCAGAUACUAAGCACAUAAAAGAAUUUAGCUCAUGCUAGGGAUUCUAGGAAGGCACCAGGGAAUGAGUCAUCAGAAGGACAAAGGAAACAUUAGUUUCUUACCUGGUACCUGAGCCGUUGUUACAGGGGAGGAGGGUUUGGUUCUUUGUUCUGGAACAGCAGCACAUCAAAGGAGGCACCCUUUGAAACUUGCAGCGUUGGGAGGUUUGGCUGAUUGCAGCCCUGCAUGUGUUAGUUCUUGCAAAGGAAAGGGCACCUUGUCUUCACCAUUCCAAAAUGAGCCAGGCUUUCUUUCCUUCAUUCUGAAAAACAAACACAGAGUUGUUUUUUUCUCGAUUUCAUUGAGCUGCCAGCAUACCUCUAUAGCAGCUUGUGUCUACUGACUUUAAAUUAUGAAAUAAACUCAGCUGUCCUUUUAGUAAUCUUUAGAUCAUUCAGUACACAGUUUUUCAGUCCUCCAGACAAGCAGAACUGUGAAUGUGAAUUUUAUCUGGUAUGAAAAUAAGAAUUGAAAAAAUUGUUUUAAUUUAUAUUGUCUGUAUGUGUGACCUGCAACAUCUUCCCCAGCUUGGUCUCAAAAGUCUUGGUGAGCCAAGAUGCUGUCAGUUAUAAUAGAAGAGGUGAAUGAUGGUUCACACAUUGACUUGCUAAACCUUGCUCCAUGCUGUGACCUCCACAUUUAAAGAACAAUAGUUCAAUGUCUGGUAGGGGACCACAGAUGAUGGCUUUGAUGGAUUGUCAUAAGCAUGAACCAUGAAAUACAGAAGUAGUUUCAGAUUCUGCUUUUCUCCCUGAUCCUGCCUUUCUAGAUGUAAAGAGCUUUUUUGGAAAGACAGUUUUAGCCACAAUUUUCAUGGCUGAACUGAUCUUUCUCACAAUUCACAGUUCAUGUUGUCAUUUCUGGUUUCAAACAGUUUUUUACUGCUACAUUUGCAUCUCAUUUUUUUAAUUUAAAAAAAACCCUCACGAUUUCUUUGCUUAUCAUCCUAUACUGUGCUUCCUUAGUAAUAUAAAUUAUCCACUGAACACCUACACAUCAUGCUCUCUGUAACCUGCUGCCUGUCCCUAAAAAAGUUCUGUGUCCCAUUUGCACUUGCAAUAGAAUAUUCACAGAGAUAGUAAUGAAGUACUUUAGUUUCAUGCACCACCAGCCUUAAGACCUGCAACCCACACACAGAGACACACGCAUUCAUACACUUCAAGUGAGAGAGUUUUGGACACUGCUAUCAACAUGUGGGGUCAAAAAUGCCAUUAAAUUGGAAAGUUCUUUCAGCUGUGUUUAGGAGGAAACAACAAUAAUGAAAAAUAGCAUUCUUGGCCAAGUCACUUAUGGAUGAAGUGAAUUCCCCCAUGGCUUUAGUUGAAUGAAAUCCUAAGGAUGGGAUUGCAUUUGACCCCAAAUUGUUCCUUCUGAUCAAGUCGUUACCGUUGUAUGUACCAAUGAGUGUUCAUUUGAUCCUCCUGUGUAAAAAUACAAAAACAUCCCUUAGUUUACAAAGUGAUUGAUUCGGGAUUUGAGUUUCACAGCAAUGGAAUUAGUCUGCAUGGCACCUCAAUCUUUUUCCUAGAUAAGAUGCAAAAGGGAGGGUCAUUAUCCAUAACCCCAUAGAGAUAAUAGUGUCAAUAGAGGUACUACACUUAAAAGGAAUAAAGAUACCAGUGCUAGCAAGCAAAUGUAUUAGUUUCUUAAGUCUUUUCUUUUGCCUUCUUUUCAAAAGCUUUUAAAUGCAAAAAUUACUUUUCUUCCAAAAUAAAAGUAAUCAUCUAAAGAUCUAAUUUCCCAAUAGUUUUCUGUGCAUUUAUAUACUAUGUAGUGUUUAGGCAACACCUAUGUUAUAAGUUUAUUAAUAUUAUGUAAGUGUUGUUCUUGUAUUUAUGUAUAGUGUAUGUAUUGUAAAUAUACUCAGAGCUUUUUUUCCUCUUACUGUAAAAUGGUGAUUUUUGCCCUAUGAUAAUGUAAAGGGAGUCCCCUAAUGAAAUUCUGUCAGAGGAUGAUUAUUCCAGUCUAUUCUCAAAGAUUUAAAUGAACAAGUGUUACCGUUUUUAAUGGUGUCUCAGACAUAUUUUGUUGGUGCAUUGCUUUUCUGUAUUCAACUUUCCUAUGAAUUGAGCUGUGACUUGAAAUAGAGUUUAAACCUUUAAAUGUAUGCAUUUGUAUAAUUAUCUGAAUGGAGGCAUGAAGGUUCAAUAAAGCAUUUUGUAUGGAACAAAA